AGCACAAAACUCUGUGCAUUAAAUGUUCUUUGAGUCCUCCACAUGCUUAUUCCAAAAAAAAAAUGAGAGAGCGAAAGAAAGACUAUAAUACAACUCAUUGUAGUGAAAUAACUUCCUUUCUGAUGUGAAACGAUACAAUCAUUUUGAGAAGACUAAUAUUGCAAUACGUGUAGUACCAUAUUUGUCACGUGUACUUUUGUGUGUGUGUGUGUGUGUGUUGGCGCGGCCUUGAGUAAUAUAAUUACAAAAGUGGCAUCAAUAAGUAUGGUGGUUGCUUUUAGUUUUAAUGGAAUUCAUUUUACAUUUCGCAGCUUUUCACGGCCAAAUCUUUUAUCUAGUCUCAUUGUUAAAAGAACAUUCUAUGAUUAUGCGAAACAACCAUUUCAACCGCUGAACAGAGAACCAAAAUGGAUGUCUGUGGAGGAAGCAAUGCAAAUCAUAAAAUCUGGGGACACUGUAUUUGUACAAGGAAUUGCUGCAACCCCUCGGAAGCUAGUGCCUGCUAUGGUGGAACAUGCCAAGAAAGAAAAACUCAAGAACAUUACCGUAUGCCACAUACAUACUGAAGGUGCUGCGGAAUACAACCAUCCAGAUUGUGAAGGUAUUCUAAACUAGUUUAGUUAGAUAUUACACUUGCUUAGCUUAAUUUGUCGUGAAGCCAUCAAUAGUGGACGAGCUGACUUUGUACCCAUUUUUCUGGGAGAAGUUCCUUUGCUUUUUCACAGAGAGAUUGUUAAACCUGAUGUGGCUUUGGUCCAAGUAACACCACCAGACAACCAUGGCUACUGUAGUCUUGGAUCAAGUGUGGAUUGUACAAGAGCCGCUGUACAACAUUCCAAGGCAAUAAUAGGCCAGGUAAACCCCCGGCUGCCCAGGACAUUUGGAGAUGGAUUGAUUCACAAGUCACAUUUUGAUGCUCUUGUGGAAGGACAGCUGGAACUCCCAGAAUCGCAACCCCCAAAACUAAGUGAUGUUGAAAUGACUAUUGGAAAACCUGUCUUCCUCGGAUAUGAAGUUCGUAUUGGUUCCAUUCCGGAUGCUGUUCUGGCCAGCUUGAAAAGUCACAAAGACCUGGGAGUUCAUUCUGAAAUGUUCAGCGACGGUGUUGUAGACUUGGUAGAAUCGGGCUGUAUCACUAACAACCAAAAGAAGAUCCAACCAGGGAAAAUUGUGGGUAGUUUUACAAUUGGCACUCGACGUUUGUUUGAUUUCAUGGAUAACAAUCCGUUCAUUAUGAUGAUGGAUGUUGGAUAUGUGAACAGCAUUCCUAUAAUUGCUUCAAACCCAAAGGUCACGGCAAUCAACUCCUGCAUUGAAAUUGACCUUACAGGUCAGGUUGUAUCCGACUCCAUUGGUACACGAAUAUUCUCAGGCUUUGGUGGUCAAGUGGACUUUUUGCGGGGUGCUGCUACCUGCCAUGAUGGGCUUGGCAAACCUAUUCUAGCUAUGCCAUCCUUAUCAAAUAAAGGGGAUUCCAAGAUUACAGCGUUCAUCAAGCAAGGUGCGUACAUCCAGGAAAGAUUAGUAAAUCCAGAACAGUUGAUAAUUAUGGAGACUUCUGUAAAAUAAAUAUAACAACAACAU